UACGUGGUCUCGGACGUGAUUGGUCGAAACAUGUGGCUCGGGAACUUUUUAUUUACUCCCCACACCCUCUUACGCUUCGCGUGGAAAGAAGAGGUCGUAGGAGUGGGGAGGAGGAGGAGGAGGAGGAGGAGGCGACCCCGUGAUCUCAUCUCCGCCGUUGGUUUUCUUCCUCGCGAGAUCUGGGUUGUGAUGGAUCGGAGGCGAUUCGGGCCGCCGCUCCUGGCGCUGUUGAUCUCGGCGCUCGUGCUCCAAAUCUCCGCUUCGGAUCCGUUGUUCUACGAAUCGUUUGAUGAGAGCUUUGAGGGGCGGUGGGUUGUUUCCGAGAAGGAUGAUUACAAAGGUGUAUGGAAACACUCCAAAAGUGAUGGUCACGAAGACUACGGCCUCCUCGUCAGUGAGAAGGCAAGGAAGUACGCCAUAGUCAAGGAACUGGAUGAGCCCGUCAAUCUCAAGGAUGGAUCCGUCGUACUCCAGUUUGAAGUCCGCCUCCAAAAUGGCCUCGAAUGUGGUGGAGCUUAUCUUAAGUACCUCCGACCUCAGGAAUCGGGUUGGGCCCCGAAGGAUUUUGAUAACGAGUCUCCUUACAGUAUCAUGUUUGGACCUGACAAGUGCGGAUCCACCAACAAGGUCCACUUCAUCCUUAAGCACAAAAACCCGAAAACUGGUAAAUUCGUUGAGCACCAUUUGAAAUUUCCCCCGUCGGUGCCGUACGACAAGCUAUCCCACGUCUACACUGCUAUCCUUAAACCCGAUAACGAGCUGAGGAUUUUGAUCGACGGAGAGGAGAAGAAGAAGGCGAAUUUCUUAUCUGCGGACGAUUUCGAGCCGGCACUUAUCCCGCCUCAAACUAUUCCGGAUCCUGAGGAUAAGAAGCCUGAGGAUUGGGAUGAGCGGCCCAAGAUUCCGGAUACCGAUGCAGUGAAACCCGAUGAUUGGGAUGAGGAUGCCCCUAUGGAGAUUGAGGAUGAGGAUGCCGUUAAGCCGGAAGGAUGGUUGGACGAUGAGCCUGAGGAAAUCGACGAUCCAGAAGCGGCGAAGCCAGAAGAUUGGGAUGAUGAGGAGGAUGGAGAGUGGGAGGCACCGAAAAUCGAUAACCCUAAGUGUGAGGAAGCUCCUGGUUGUGGUGAGUGGAAGAGGCCCAUGAAGAGGAACCCCAACUAUAAGGGGAAGUGGCAUGCUCCUUUGAUUGACAAUCCUAACUACAAGGGGAUCUGGAAGCCGAGGGAUAUACCUAAUCCUGAGUAUUUCGAGCUCGAUAAGCCCGAUUUUGAGCCUAUUGCAGCUAUUGGUAUUGAGAUUUGGACAAUGCAAGAUGGUGUUUUGUUCGACAACAUUUUGAUCGCCGAUGAUGAGAAGGUUGCUGAGUCGUAUAGGGAGAAGACGUGGAAGCCCAAGUAUGAUGUUGAGAAAGAGAAGCAGAAGGCAGAGGAUGAUGCUGCGGGCAUUUCAGACGGGCUUUCUGGUUUCCAGAAGAAGGUGUUUGAUGUCCUCUACAAGAUUGCCGAUAUUCCUUUCCUGGAGGCAUACAAGAUCAAGAUUAUCGAUGUGAUCGAGAAGGGAGAGAAACAACCUAACCUGACCAUCGGAAUCCUGGUCUCUGUUGUGGUUGUUUUCUCAACCGUUCUCUUCAGAAUUUUGUUUGGCGGCAAGAAACCAGCGGCUCCGGCCAGCAGCACUUCUGAAACAAAGCCAGCUGCAGCCACGGCUGCCGAGGCUGCUGAGGCUGACGUUCCGGGAAGCAGCGGGGAGAAGGACGAGGACGAGAAGGAGAAAGAGGACGCCUCAGCCCCACGCCCUACUCGGAGGUCGAGGAGGGAGACAUAAAAUGUUUUAAAGGACUAGGGUUUGUCUUCAAUUUUUGGAAGUGUUAUUUUCCAAGUACUAUGAUGCACUUUCCUCUCUAAAGUUUUUAGGAUUUUGAGUAGAUAUGAGAUUUCUGAUCAAGUCGUUUCUUAUAAAACAGUCAAGUACUAAGUUUUUUUUUC